GUGGGCUCGUGGGCGCGCCGGAGCCGGGAGAGCGAGGCGGCUGCGGGCGCGGGCCUGAGUGAUGCGCGGGCUGCUACCUCUAGCCGGCAGAAUAGUUCUGGUCGCGCUGCGCGGCGGCCGCGGCUGCUGCGGGCUCGGAAUGUUCUACGCCGUGCGCAGGGGCCGCAGGACCGGCGUCUUCCUCACCUGGAAUGAAUGCAAGGCGCAGGUGGACCGGUUUCCUGCUGCCCGGUUUAAGAAGUUUGCCAGUGAAGAUGAGGCCUGGGCCUUUGUCAGAAACUCCGUGAGCCCGGAUGGUGAAGGCUCUUGUCUUCCAGAGCAAAAAAAUACUCAUGCACAGGAGUCACAGGUGAAAGUCAGCAAGCGUCUCAGAGAGCCCUUAGAUGACCAUGAAGAAGAGGUCUCAGAGCCGAGUGCGAAGUAUGUGCGAAAGAACACAGAGCCAGCCCCUGCCCUUGGCAAGGACACAUUUUCUUAUAUGGGAGACUCUGUGGUUGUCUACACCGAUGGCUGCUGCUCCAGUAACGGGCGGAGGAGAGCACGAGCAGGAAUUGGCGUCUACUGGGGGCCAGGCCACCCUUUAAACAUAGGCAUUAGACUCCCCGGACGACAGACAAACCAAAGAGCAGAAAUCCAUGCAGCCUGCAAAGCCAUCGAACAAGCCAAGGCUCAGAACAUCAGUAAAUUGGUUCUAUAUACGGACAGUAUGUUCACUAUAAAUGGGAUCACUAACUGGGUCCAAGGCUGGAAGAAGAAUGGGUGGAAGACGAGUACGGGGAAGGAGGUGAUCAACAAGGAGGACUUCGUGCAGCUGGAGGAGCUCACCCACGGCAUGGACAUUCAGUGGAUGCAUGUUCCUGGUCAUUCGGGAUUUGUGGGCAAUGAAGAGGCCGAUAGGCUGGCGAGAGAAGGGGCUCGGCAGUCUCAAGACUGAGUGGAGUCACUUGGGUGCUCUGGAGAAGGCAAGCGAUAGCUCUUGUUGCUGUCAUUUCCUGGUGUGGGCAUCAAGACCUCUCAGCAGGAGUGCUACAGGAGACAAAGCUGAGCCAGGGGGCACUGUGUCCUGUGAGCAUCUCAGUAAAAAAGUGCUCCAGGAGGAAGUGGACGUCUUUGAGAUCUGGUGAUUCUGAGAUCUGCUGCUUACUGGGCUUAGUAUAUUUUCAUAUGUUUUAUUGCAGUUUGGCCCAAAGUGCUUGGGCGUUGAUUUUUAUAAGAAAUCAAUAAAACAUUGGUUAAAAGAUGCUGACAGGAACUCAGGAAGAAUUGUGGAAGAGUUCGCUGACCUUCUGAUUUUCAAGGUGGAGUCACCUGCCCUUGUAGCCACACUGGGCAUGUGGCUCACAGGACGCCCCUCAGGUGCCUGAUGCUGUGUACACAGGAGACCGUGGCUGUGGAAGAAUGGCCUCAGUCUUUCAAAUGUGUGUGUGUGCAGGGCUGGGAUCGAACCCAGGACCUCAACAUGCUCAGCAGUUACAAUUUUGUACGUGUGUGUGUGUGUGUUGGGCACUGGGGAUUGACCCCAGGGGUGCUCUACCAUUGAGAUGUUCCCCCAGCCCUUUUUAUUUUUUCAUUUUGAGAGGUCUUGGUGAGUGGCUGAAGUUGACCGUAAAUUUGUGAUCCUCUUCGCUCAGCCUGCUGAGUGCUGGGAUUAUAGGUGUGUGUCACCACUCCUGGCUCAGUUACAGCUUUUUUUUUGGUACCAGGGAUUGAAUCCAGGGCACUUAAUCACAGAGCUGCAUCCCCAGCCCUUUUUAUAUUUUAUUUAGAGACAGGGUCUCACUGAGUUUCUAAGUGCCUGGCUAAUCUGCUGAGGCUGGCUUUGAACUCGCGAUCCUCCUGCCUCAUCUUCCUGAAUUGCCAGGAUUACAGGUGUGCAUCACUGUGCCCGGCUCAGUUACAGCUUUUAAAGACCAAGAUGCAUAUAUCUUUGAAAAGUUUCUUUGGCUUUUUUUCUUAAAAAUACUGUGCAGGUUUAAAACAAAUGUUUGACAUGAUCAUUUAUUUUUGAAUUUUUUUCCAUAAAAUAAAAAUACAGAAAAUGACACAAAACAAAUGAACGCGUAUUGAAUUACUAUUAUAAGAUGAAUGUCCGUGCAUCCACCACCCUGUAAGGAAUAGUGCUUUGCUGGACACUCCAGAGUACUCCCCUGGGACCUCUCCUUCCUCCUCCUCCCCUCUCUUUACAAUGUAAUCCUGACUUUUGUGGAAAUGACUUCAGGCAUUUCUCGAUGUCAGUUUAAUCUUGCCAACUUUUUCCUUUUUUUAACUUUAUAUUUCUUAGGGCUUUUAAAUUGCAGUCCCUGCUCCAUCCCACUGUUUCCCUACAUAUUAUCUUCUGGACCUGGGCCAUCUGUUUUUUCUGUAGUCUGGAUUUUGCUGAUUGUGUUCAUGAGAACACAGUUCAAAUGUGGCCAGCAAGGUGGGGAGCAAGACUAGGGCACUGCCUCCACUACGCAGAUAGACAGAGCUCCAUUCUGUCAACCCAGAGACAUACGGGAUUAUUCUGUUUUAGGAGCAGUAACUCACCAAUGGGGUAAGCAAAGGUCUUUUUACUUAGGACAUAUGACCAUAAAAGAAAAAGACUGCAUAUAAAUAAAAAAUGUUACUUCAUAACGCAAAGAUUUUGAAAGUAACAAGCAAAAGCAAACUAUGGAAAGAGUUUGUAACUCAUCACAAAGGACUAAUAUCCCUGAUGUGUACGAGAAAACAACUGGUGAAUCAGAGGAACGGAUCACCCAGGUUGUUCCCAAGAAGUACAUACAGCCCCUGGAGUGGAUGUGUGUCCAUCUUCACUCCGGAGAGUACAGCUGAGCUGCAGAUGCAGUUUCUCCCUCAACAGGCUCCAGGGUUGCCGAGGCUGUUGGGAAAUGCUGCUGAUGCUGAAGGCAGAUGGCAUACCCCUGGACACCAGCGGAGCCUGCCUGCCAGUAUGAUAAAUGCGUUUCCCUGAUCCGCCAGCCCUGUUCUGCAGACUGAUACUGCAACACCUGUGCCCAUACAAAUAUAAGGCAGGAUUCAUGGGCUGGGUAGAAGCUCAGCCACCAUGCCCAGCUCAUCAGAUAAUGUUCUGGAGAAUGUUUUUGGAAUUAGAAAAAAAAUACUGUCGCUAUUAAACAGUUUUCUCCCUAUAA